AUGAAUGCAGCAGAUAAUGUAAUUAUAGAAGAGAACACCAAUCAAGGAAGAGAUGAUGAAGAAAGAGAUGAAGAUGCUAGCAAAUAUAAUAGAAAGAGAAAAGAAAGGGAAGUAAAUGAGACAAGAACUGGAUGCAAAGCUCAUAUUCGUUUUAAGAAAAAUGCAGAAAGUAGAUUUGCUGUUCUUACACAUGAGUUGGAACAUAAUCAUGAACUGGUAAUAACAGUUCAACGACAUCAUCUAAGAUCAAAAAGGCAAAUAUCAGCUCCAAUGGGUGAGCUAAUUGAGAGCAUGAUUGAGAGUGGCAUUAAACCAAUGGAUGCUUAUAAUUAUAUAAGCAAUGAAGCUGGAGGAGAAGAAUGUGUAGGUCAUACUAAGAGAGAUCACCUGAACUAUGUAUCAAGGGUGAAAAUGAGUAUGGUUGAAGGUGGAGACAUGCAGAAUGUAUUAGACACCCUUCAAGAAAGAGCGGAUCAAGAUCUUUCAUUCUUUUAUAGACUGAAAUUUGGAGAAGAAGAUAAUGUUGUGAGCUAUUUUUGGCGUGACUCUCAAAUACUUGAAGAUUUCAAAGCUUAUGGUGAUGUUUUAAUCUUCGGUACAACAUACUAA